AUGGAUCACCACUUAUCACAGGACUCCCCGGUCGGCAACAGGAACUCGCAGAGUGUCGCAUCCAACUUGGCGUCGGAAAUCGAAGAGCUAUGCAAACACGCCCAACGAAUUAGGGAACUUGUUGACGAGGAAUAUAAGAGUUGGGCGCGUCUAUUGGCACGCGCCGAGGCAACGGACGACAUGACAGAGCGGUUAGACGAACAUCUACGUCGUCUACUAAACCUCCAAGAACGGGCCAAAGACUUCGGGAAGCGCCUAAGGCGUCUGGCGGAGGACCUCCAGGCCGAAUUCGAGACACGACCGGCUGUGUAUCGGCCGCCGCCCUUAGCUGCGGACAUCGGUUCUGCGCCGACGGCCUGCGCAAAUGGCUCGCUCACUCUCCCCACGGCGACUCAGAUAAAGGCUGGAAGCGAGUUCACACAGGCACAGAUGCAAUAUGGCUGCAACAACUCGACGCACAAGAUGUACGAGGAUACCCGCGCCAGGAUCUGGCACGCGCUGCAAUCGGGAGAGAAGUUGGACUGGUUCGGUCGGUACAUCACGCCUAGGAUGUACGAGGAGAUCGGACACUUCGACCGCCACUGGGAGUACGGCGACUGGCUCAUCGAGAAGGGCUUUAUUCUUCCCCCGUCUCGCUUCGAAAUUGCGUCUCGCUACGUAUCGACCGGCGACGCGGUGAGGGGCGAUCAUGUGGAUGUCAUGGUCGAGCUCGUCGACGCGAUUACGGGGGAGAUGACCAGAGUCCGGUACAGUUAUGCACAUGCGCACACCGACAUCGAAGCGAAGGCGCUGGACACGAUCGACGCGGUACUCCACGAAGCCCACUUAGAGAAAGUCCCGAUGGUCAGGGCGAGGAAGGAAUGUAGAGAGCGGAAUCGCACCGUAUUGCGGUUGGCUGGUUGGGCACUGGACCUUGACGAGGCUGAUGAGACCGGGGCCGAUGCUCAGGGCGUUGCUCCCCAAGGCUCGCAAGCCAAUCCGCCUGAUGCCGACGGAGGGUCGGUGUCGGCAUCAACAACGGCUGCCCCUGGAGUUUCCUCCUUCGACGACAAGGUCGACAAGAUGCUGGAGGCUGCCGAGGAAUCCUUCUGCAAUGGCGAGUGCAAUGGGUACCUGAAGAUGUUGAUCCUGACCAGAAUGUAUCGCAGCGUGGACUGCAUGGAAAGCCGGACCGUCAACCGAGGUACCGCGUUGGCAUCCAUGUCGCCAACGGUCUGCCUGGUACUUGACGACGCUGAAGUCCAGCAUCUCACCGACGACCCGGCAAACAGCCACGCGAUGACGUGCCGGACCCCGUCGGCGGAUGAUUGUACUUGCCAAGUAUCACGCCCCGUUGCCGAUCUUCGCAAUGUCCUGCGCGAACUUGUCCGGGCGCAGGUAGUCCUUCUCCACCAUCAUGCCCCAUUCCCGUCCCUGCGCGUCCUCGGGCCCGUCCGGCGACAGCAGGCCCGGACCUCGUCGUCGUAG